UCUCUCGAUUAAUCAAAUAUUUAACCACAACCAUAAUGUGAAAGUGAUGAAAAGUAAAGUGGAAACUUAAUGAAGUGAUGUUGGGGUUAUGAUUUUCAUCAUAUCUUGGUGGUUGCGAUCGUUUGGCCUUCCAUUUGUUUGACAAGCUCUCUACCGGGUCUGGUUUUGUAUCGUGAAUUCCCUCUUGUUCGGAUUGGGAGAGAUCAGAGCGGCCGAUGAGUAAUGGGCGGCCAGGAUUGCUCGGACCAGCAGUUGGGUUGUGAAGGAGACUGAAGGGGCUCGAUUGCUUGUGAACUGGUUUGCAUUGUCACGAUUUUCUCUUUAUUAUAUUUACUUUUUUUUUUUUUUGUAUUUUUCAUAUUCUUAGGAUCAAAACAGAGAUCUAGAUCUCUGCAGGGGAGUGGCGAAGUUGAAGUUCAUUUAUGCUUGUUUGGAGCUCGGUUCGGUUUUUGUAAGCAACUGCGCUAAUGGGUAUGGGAGAUCAUUGAGAUAUAUGUAGCAUAGAGAAGCGGGGUUUGGAUUUUUUUGAUUUUCUGAGCAAUUGUGCAAAUGGGUGUGUGAGAUUUUUGAGAUACAUAGCGUAGUGAAGUGGGUUCGGAUUUGUUGGGAUUUUGAACCAUGAAAAGGAGGUUGAAAUUGUCGCAUUUUUUGCUGGGCAUAGCAGCAUUGUACUUGAUUUUUAUAUCCCUAGAGUUUCCACGGUUUUUGGACGAUAGUUAUUAUGCUGGAACGGAUGAUGAUAGAGCAAGGAUUGAAGGUGAAGAUGAUCUUGGCAAAUCAUUUUUCAGUGCUGUUUAUAAGGAUGCAUUUCAUAGGAAGUUAGAGGAUAACCAAAACGGAGAUGUGCCCACAAUGCCGAAAAAGGAACCUUUGCAAGUGGAAACUUCAUUGCAAGAGGAGAGAGGAUCCAUAAGGCCGCUUCAACAUCGGUAUGGUCGAAUACCGGGUAAGAUUCUGAGAAGAAGAAAUGGAACCAGUGAGUUAUCGGUGCUUGAGAGAAUGGCAGAUGAGGCUUGGACGUUGGGGUUGAAGGCUUGGGAAGAUGUGGAAAAUUUUGAUUUAAAGGAAAGUAAACAGAAUCCCAUAAUUGAGGGAAAACUCGAGUCAUGCCCUUGGUGGUUGUCCAUGAAUGGAGAUGAAUUUUCACGGUCAGACAGAAUGGUGUUCCUCCCUUGUGGGCUGGCUGCAGGGUCUUCUAUUACGGUGGUGGGAACGCCCCAUUAUGCUCACAGGGAGUAUGUGCCACAGCUUGCAAGAUUGAGGAAUGGGGAUGCCAUGGUUAUGGUUUCACAGUUUAUGGUUGAGUUGCAAGGGUUGAAGUCAGUCGAUGGGGAGGAUCCACCAAAAAUUCUGCACCUGAAUCCUCGUUUGAAAGGAGAUUGGAGUCGUAGACCUGUAAUUGAGCACAACACUUGCUAUAGGAUGCAAUGGGGGACAGCUCAAAGGUGUGAUGGUUUACCAUCCAGGAAAGAUGAUGACAUGCUUGUUGAUGGAUAUGGGAGAUGUGAAAAAUGGAUACGAAAUGAUAUUGUCGAUUUGAAAGAGUCCAAGACAACUUCAUGGUUCAAGCGAUUCAUAGGGCGCGAGCAGAAACCUGAAGUAACCUGGCCAUUCCCCUUUGUGGAGGGUAAACUGUUUAUUCUGACCCUGCGUGCUGGUGUUGAAGGAUAUCAUAUCAAUGUUGGAGGUCGACAUGUGACUUCCUUCCCAUAUCGGACGGGUUUUACACUUGAAGAUGCAACAGGAUUAGCAAUUAAAGGUGAUGUGGAUGUUCACUCAGUUUAUGCUACUUCUCUCCCUACCUCUCAUCCAAGUUUCUCACCCCAAAGAGUAUUGGAAAUGUCGGAGCAGUGGAAAGCUCAUCCUUUGCCCAAGCGUCCUAUUAAACUUUUUAUUGGAGUUCUCUCUGCUACCAAUCACUUUGCAGAACGUAUGGCAGUUAGAAAAACUUGGAUGCAAUCAUCAGCAAUCAAGUCUUCAAAUGUAGUUGUUCGCUUCUUUGUUGCAUUGAAUCCAAGGAAAGAGGUGAAUGCAAUAAUGAAAAAGGAGGCUGCUUACUUUGGAGAUAUUAUAAUUCUGCCAUUUAUGGAUCGUUAUGAGCUCGUGGUACUUAAAACUAUUGCCAUUUGUGAGUUUGGGGUCCAAAAUGUGACAGCAGCAUACGUCAUGAAGUGUGAUGAUGACACAUUUGUUAGGGUGGACACUGUCUUAAAAGAAAUUGAGGGCAUCUCUCGCAAAAGAUCCCUUUAUAUGGGCAAUCUCAACCUCUUGCAUCGACCUCUUAGGAGUGGAAAAUGGGCAGUCACAUAUGAGGAAUGGCCGGAAGAAGUCUAUCCUCCUUAUGCCAACGGCCCUGGAUAUAUAAUUUCCAUUGACAUUGCUAAAUUUAUUGUUGCUCAACAUGGGAAUCGAAGCCUACGGCUAUUCAAGAUGGAGGAUGUGAGCAUGGGAAUGUGGGUUGAGCAGUUCAACAGCUCUACAUCUGUUCAAUACUCUCACAGCUGGAAGUUCUGUCAAUAUGGGUGCAUGGAGGACUAUUACACGGCACACUACCAGUCCCCCAGACAGAUGAUUUGUCUCUGGGACAAGUUGGCUAGGGGUCGGGUUCAUUGCUGCAACUUUAGAUGACGGAGUCCCCUAGAAUCUCUCAGGGGCAAGUUGGAAAUGGGUUGCUUGGGUUCCAUGCUGCUACUGUAUCUGCUGGGCAGCCCUUAAUGCAGGAAUAGCUUGUCUACCUCAGAGCCGAUUUUAUUGUUUAUUUUUCACUUCCCUCUUUCACCCAGGUGCCCAUUUUUUUUUAUCAAUCUAAAUGGGCACAAGGAAUGGCUGACCCUGAGUUAAAGCCAUUGUUUUUUAAAGAUGCAAAUUGCUCAUUGUUGUGGCCGAGAAGAAAGGGCAUCUCUUUCUAGCUUGCGUCAAAAUCAGGCCAAAUUGUGGAAGUAUUUUGUAUAUGUUUUUAAGAAACCUUUUAGCAGGAUGUAGGCUUGGGCAUGAAUGCAGGGCUCUUGUCCAUUGGUAUUUUCUUUUCUAUAUAUUACACUAUAUGCUUUUUAUUUUAA